AGCAUCGCUACCUGCUACAAACCCCACGCAUGCGCGUUCCCUCCCUUUACGUUCCCUUUUCUUCUAGCCAUCGCACGCACGUGUUUAGAUUUUUCAUAUCAUUGCUUUUCGACUUACAUUUCUCGUUGGGUAUUCUGCUUAUCUUUGUCUUUUUGCGUUUGAAACAGUUGUAUUUAUGAUGAAUCAAUACCAUGCCCAAAAAGAAAAUAGCAAAGUUUGAUUUGGGUUCUUUUGUGGGCAAACUUGAAGAAGAGGACAGGGCAGUGCAGCAGUACAAGGACGCUUUGUCCAAUCUGGACCUUUCCUCACAUGCUGUUCGUCUGCUGUCGCCAAACGAGCAGUUUGGACUUGCAGUGUCUAAAUUUGGAUUUGAGGAAGUGAGCCGAGUAGUCAGAGCCAUCGAAGUCAGUAGUAUUUCCACGCUAUAUGACCCUUGCAUUUUGGCUUCAACGCUGGAAGUAGACGUCAAACUGAUUAAACUCUUAUUGGGGCAACUGAGAUCUACCGCAAGUGAUCAUACCACUACCAGUGCCAGCUCAGCAACGGGGCCCAACUUCUUCUUGGUUCCACCCUACUCAACCUGCCUUGAAUGUGGACUUGAAUUGAAGCCACACAAUCAGCCGGUGAAGGUGAAAGUCGUGACUUUGCAGGGGUGCUUCAAAGGGCUGAAGUCGAACUUACGCUGCCGCAAUUGUAGUCUGACAUAUAGAUACGACUGUUAUGGCAGUAGCUCCAGAUCGUUUCAUCUGUAUGAAAAGGUUCAACCCUUCAUAGAGGCCAGUAAUGUUGUGUAUUUUCAACGCGACUUGUUUGAACUGCAGGUCAGCCUUGCGAAUCAUUCUUGGGUCAGUUUCGUAGGCUUUGCUGAGUCCUUCAACACUGCAUUUGGCCUAUCAAGAAGUGAAGGGAUCUCCAGUAAACAGGUUUCCUCAGCAUUCUUUCAUGGAGAGCUGCACAAUGAACUACGUGAACGCAGACGACUUGAUAUGUUUGGUUUGCUCAAGACAGAUGGAGACCGAGAAAAACUCUUGGAGCGGAUUGAAAGUAUUCGUCGGCAGACGAUUUAUGAUCAUACCAACUGCCAUCCCAAAUGUGAAGCGAAAGGUUGCGGCCGUGUCUUUGUGGCAGAUGGCAUCUGGAAACUGAGUUUUCCGCAUUGUAUGCAUCGAUGUGAGAAUAAAGUGUCUGGCAUCCCAGUCCCCAGCCUACCAGAUGUCUGUACCAAAUCCCCAUUAUAUGGCCAGGCAUUUUGCACAGAGCACUGCGAAGUUGCGAAACAGUCGAGCAUUCCAACUGGUCUGGCUGACUUUCUGAAGUACUGUGGAGUCAAAGGAGAUGAUGCUCAUACCGAUUCCACAGGCCUUUCCGCUGCUGACAUUGGAGGCCCUACGCCAUUGCGUGAUAGCGAAGGCCCAUCAACAUCAACUACGAGGGAAGGCAGAUCGGCAGUAACUGCAAGUGAAGGGAGAUCCAUAUCAACUGCGAACGAAGGCCCAUCAACGUCAACUGCAAGUGAAGGCUUAACUAUGCUGACUGCAUGUGACGGGGCAUCAACAUUGACUGCGAGUGAAGACCCAUCAACACCUCUUGACAAUACUGCUGCGAACUUAGUCCUUGCAUGUGAUGCUAAUUGCAAUCAAGAAACAAUCACUAAAGUUGGUGGAGUCCUGUCCAAGUUGCAGCCAGUGUCGUGUUGUGGUGAAUCUGUAGUGGAUGCCCAAGGAACAACAGCCUUCCUCAAUGAACACAGCUACUCCAUUUCCACCAUGCUGAAUGAAUGUGUGGAAGAAAUACCAUCGACCUGUAAGAAGGAUGUUGGAGGCAAGAAACGACUUCAGAAGUGGUCAAGGGGGCAUUUAUUUGUUGUUCGUGCUGGUGGCCAUAUUGAGUUUUGGAAAACUUUGUACAAGUCAGAGUCACCCUCACAGGUCUUCCUGAUUCUCAUAGCCUGGCUGUUUCCUUUCUUGAGGACGGUGCCGUUUACUUCGUGGUCCAAUUUGUCCAUAGUGUACGAUAAUAUGUGCCACUUGGACAACAUGAACGUUGCUAGGAAACCGUUACCACUUGCGUGGCCAUGGUCUCACAUGUGGUUGAAUCUGCACAAGUGUGUAGACAGGUUACAUGUACGAAACCACACCGACAAGCUGUGCAGAACAAAGUAUAACCCAGAUGAUCAUCUGUUGGAGACGGACAAUACUCUUUGUGCUGAGCAAACUUUCGUGUGGCUGUCACGAUAUAAAAAAAUAUUGUGUGCCAUGCCAAAAUUACACCAUUUGUUUUAUUUGCACAGAAUGGUGGUUCGGCGUAACAAGUACACUGAGUAUUGUUACAAUAGCGGUUACGACCCAUUGCUUCCAGUUGUAAAGAGCACCAGCACUACUUAGUUUGAAGCAGUCCUUGAUGCUACUUUCAAUAUUUAGGAUUGUGGUAAAAAGUAACUGUAUGUAACCUCUAUCCACAAAGUGAGCUCACAUGCAGAAAGUGUUAUAUUCCAAUUAAUUAAAAAUCGAGCUUUCUCCUGUUAUGUACAUGGAACAGGUGAAAGUAUAUAUUGACAAUGUAAUACUGUGGUGGCUUUGCAUACUUGUUCACAACACUGGUUCAGUAUUUCUGACCAAGCAUGACUAAUGUAAUCAAAAUGGCAUUUGAUUUAAAAGGUGUUCCCGAUGCAGUGGUGUUUCAGCUUCUUCUUUACGUCACUUUUACCUUUUACAUUUAAGGUAUAUGUUGGCCUCUCUUUUGUUCACUGAAAUUGACAAGACUAAAUCGUGUAAAAGAAGGUUGCCGACUGAUAAGUGAGUGUUUUUAAAAUGAUGCAAUUUUCAACCCAACCCAAUAUUUUGCAGUUGUCUUGCAGCAUGUAUACACUUUUAAUUCUUGCUGUUAUCAUUUAUUUAUUAAUGGGCCAAAUCCAAUCAAACUACGGUAUUUGGCAAUUUUAAAGUGCAAACAAAACUGGAAAGUGACAUUGUGUGUCUUUGAGCAAACAUGCUGCUUGAAAAACACGAAACCUGUACUUUUUUAUAACUUGUUCAGACUUACCAAUCAUUUUAUUAGUGUUGGUUAGUGUUGGUAGUGGGUUGGUGUUGCCCCUGAAAGCUGACCAAAAUUGAGCUUGAAAUCCAGCAUAAUUUUAUGGAGAAAACCAGAAGGAACAUUGACUAUCUGCAGGGAAUUAACAAUUGUCAAAGGUAAAUGUAUAUCAUGGAUACUGCUAGGUGAUGGGAUUCCAUCUUGAACUUGCAUGAAGGUUUGUUCGGAAAAUUAGUUCCAAGGGUAAAUUGCACAGUGCUCCAGUUAAUCAGUUGUGCUCCCUUUGAGUGCUGAUAACUAAAGAUGUAUUUUCCAAAAGCAUAGUCAAAGUUAUUUAAUUUUUUUUUUUGGGAUGGUUGAUCUAGACCUUUGUGCUGUCACUGUUUUCCGAUAAAUGACAUUUAUAGCUCUGGCCUGACACUGUACAAGCCUGGUUUUUGUCAACAGGGUAUUUCGGUCAUGCCGCUUUGAUUCGAGUUCUUGGUCGUUGAUUGACUUUGUUUUUACCUCAAAAGAACAAAUGUAACAUAAAUUAGGGAAACUUACUUUACAAGAAUAUAUUGCUUAAUUUCCGAUUUUCUUGAAACUUCCACCACAAAUACGAGUAUUUGGUUUGCGUAACUCUCGUUUUCGACCUUCAUUUCAAAGUGUUGUUAUUGAAAGGAACGAUUUACUGCACUGCUGUUACGUGGUAAUAUUAAGUGGCACAAUUGUUAUCCGAUAAAAUUUAAUUUUAAUACCUGCCUGCAUCACUUUCUAAUCAAAACUUUUGUAUGGUCAGUUGUAUUUCCUAGAUAUUUCAAACUUCAUGCCAUUGGCUGAUUUAGCUCUUUACUGGAAAUAUUUGCCCUUGAUUUCAGCAUUGUUGCACGCGUGCUGCAUACAAAAGGUGUGGGAACUUCUUACAUCUCAGCUUUUGCUAGAUGUUUAGGUGUUGACGUGGAGUGUUUAUUGAUACCAACGGUUGCCAUGUUGACUUUCGUUUACAUGUAUAUCCAUGCUGCCCGAUCCUGUACGUGUAUCCUGUAUUCCUUUGUAUUACAUUUUGUAGAUGACUUUGUAUGUGUAGUGUUUGCCUGAAGUGGUUUUUGUAUAAAUGAAUCAUUUCUGGAUCGGGUUGAACAUUUGAUUAAGCACCACUCAGUAUGCGUAGAAUUUUAAUUUUACUACUGAUAUCUGUUGUUUUCUAGUCAUGCGGCAAUGUGUAUUUGUUUUAACAUGCACAGUGUGUGAUUAUUUUCAUCAUUUAUUAUGUUUGUUAAUUUUUGGCGCAAGUAAAGAUGAUUCAUGUGUGGACUUAUGUUUCAAUAGUUCGACAUACAAAUUAACCUUUUCUGUAUGCGAACGCAGUGUAUAAAACUUACUCCUGUAGACGUUUGUGUACAGACGAAAUAUGUGUCCCCUAGUUUUGUCCAUGGUAUUUGAUUUCUGGGUUUUUUGGUGCUUUUGGUUGUUAGUAUUCAUUGUGAUAGCUUUCGUUAAUGUGAAAUAAAGUAUGUAUACUGCUUAGUUCAUUUGGACUUGACAUGUUUUAGAAAAUCUUUAAAAGUGGUAAGCUGGAUGCAACAUUUCAUUUGACUUAGUCGAAAAUCUGUUGACUGAUAACAUUUCAUUAUACCUCAUAUUAAGAACAUUGCGUUUGUGCUCGACAGUGUCACAUGUGAUAGAUUACAGUGACCCCAACUGGAUGCUCAAUCCAGAGAAGGACGCAGUUUUGAAGUUUGAACCGCCAAGGCCGUAACAUUUGGCCACUCGUCAUUUUCUGGCAUGCCUGUAAUGUCCAUUGACAAAGCACCCAGCCAGCGCUUGCUACGCACCAUCACUUUCAAAACCACAAAAAACCUCUUGUACCACCAUAAUUUUUCGUUAGUAAUUCUUAUCACGAAAACUCUCUUCACGCCCAGGAAAUUUAAUGUUCUGGUCUUUGUUAUUGCUUGAUUUGAUCCCCCAGCGUCAAAUCUGGCACAUUUAAUUGUUACGUCUUUUACCUUAAAUUGUAAAGGGUAGUUAUUAACCUUCUCUGGCGCUUUUUCUGCAGUUAUUUUGGAAUAAAUUUUGAACCCAAAUCCGUGUGUUGGAUUUUACUUCAA